AUGGUGUGUGGUGUGUUGCGGCAGGCCGGGUCCGUUGUGUGGCGCGAUUCGGGCACCACCGGAAUAUAUCAUUCCCGUGGGCACACCGGUAGCCGCCAAGACAGUCAAGGCAAGCAGAACGCGCCCCGCCGAGUGGCUUCUCGCAACCGUCGUGCGCUACGUCGCCGACAAGCAGCGAUACGAGGUCGUCGACGCCGAUCCCGAAGAAACCGAGAACAACCGAAAGCGCUACCUGUUGCCCCGGCCCUGCGUCAUCCCGCUGCCCACCUCGCUCCCCGAGUCAUGGUCCAAAGGCACGCAGUUCAGCAAGGGCAUGAUGGUGCUCGCCAUGUUCCCCAAUACCACCGCCUUCUAUCCGGCCACGGUGCAAGUCGGGCCACGACGACGGAAGGACAAGAACUACGUGCUGCUGUUUGA